AUGGCGAACAAAGCAWUGUCGCCAUUCACUAGAUACUGGACUUUAAACGUUUGCUGUACUUGUUCGAACGGUUAGUGGUGCUGUAUUCGCUUCAAAGAAUUUUAAUGUUUUGCAUUUCGGGGAAGAAGUCAAGAAUAAGCGGCCCAGACAAAAAUGUUUGGCAACAUUUGUCAUUUACACAGACUCUCCAUCUGAACAAGUAAACAAAAUGAGACGGCAUUCAAGAUGUCUUCUGUCAGAGUAUACCUAUUAUGUUACUUUAGUUGCUAUUUUUGUGACCAUGAUGUCCUCUACUGCUGAAAGCGCUGUCCAGGAAAAAUUAUCAGUAUUGACUGGAAAGUACUCUGGGUGGUUUUCCAGUCCUGGUUACCCACAUCCAUACCCUGYCAACGUUUCUUACACCUGGAUUUUUCCCAAAUACGAUCACGAUGUAGUUUUGGUAAAGUUCGUCGAUAUGGACCUCUAUCUCUGUUAUGUUGUGGAUCUUAAUGAAAAUUGUUACAAGUACGAUCAYGUUCAUGUUGAGGGUCAUCGUCCCUUCUGUAAUUGGCGCAUGCCUAAAGAUGUAAUAACACUGUCAGAAAGGACAGUUAUCAAAUUUCGGACUUUUCCUUCCCGAGAUGCCUGUCGUGGGAAAGGGUUCAAUGCCACGUUUAAAGUUGUUUCAGCAAAAAUACACGGGAAGACGACGCUAAAACCGAUGAAUGCAACAACUAUUGAUACAACUGAAGGAGGACAAGCAAAUGAAAACAGCACGAGAACUGUUGUCAUUAUAAUUGUAGCAGUGCUGAUGACUUUUUCAGUUAUGUUUUUAAUACUAUGUGUCUGGUGUUGGAAACGUAAAAAAAGACAGCGUUUUGAAAGAAGGGAGGGAGACAGAACAAGAUCUUACAGUUCGCUUCCAGCUCAAGAAAGAGAUCAGACUUCAGAUCCACAAAUACAUAGAGAUAACGAAGUUUCAUACCACUCAGGGCUUAUACCGAUUGAAAGCGUCCCCAGGAGGCAAGGAGGCCUUAUACCGCUUGAAGACCUAGGCGUCCCCAGGGGGCAAGGCCCCCCUCCUACUUAUGAAUCUGUGUUUAAUGCGGAAAACACAUCUCAAAGAGAAAAUGAUGUUAAUAGAGAAGCGGAAUUUGAAAAUCCGCCAUCUUACGAAACAGCGUUAAGGGAGAGACAUACUCAAAGGGAAAGAAGGAGUGCACCUAGAUGGACCAACAAUGCAUCAAGAGGUCCAACCAGAAGAGGACAAAGAAAUGUGCGAGAGACAGCUGAACAAUCGUUAUCAAGGGAUAAUUCACACACAUCACGUGACGAUGAAACUGGUGAGUCUGCCAAUCAAAGGCAGGCUGAUUCUAGUUGUCAAACAAUKAAUACAAGCAAUCAAAGCGACCCCGUGGAAAAUUCUCUUGAAUCUCCAACAGACUCUUCUGAAACAGAAAACCCGAAUAUUGUUGUUUCUGAGCCGUCAGAGGCUUCUUGCCCAGAUGACUCCAGAAGAGAAGUGUUUGUCUAGCUUCAGCCAUUCCUCAUAUGUUUCAAGGAAUACUGGGCUUUAACUUUUAAGUCAUUCUCUAUUGCCAUUGUGAAAGGUAUAUACCAGUGUUUUUUCAUCACAAUAAGGCGGUGUUUGUCGCUUCCAGUACAUAAUGCACAGCGACGCAACAAGACACGAUGGAGUUGUAGUCCUCGCACUUGUUUAUAUUAAAACACUAUUAAAACACUCCUCCGAAUCCGUUUGCAAAAUUAACAUUAGUUGAUUCGUUUCUACUGCGAAUACAUUUGUGCGGAUUUCUGUUUCGGUCGUGUGGCGUUCUCAGGGCGCAAGGCCUGCCUUCUACUUAUAACAAAAUACACAAAUGCAAAGUCGACAAAGAAACACAACCUCCACAGGGGCGGAUCCAGGAUUUUCCUCAGGGCGGGAUGCGAACCACUCAGUAGGGGCUGAACCCCACAAAAAAUCAUUACCAGACCUUACCAUGAAGAUACACAAUAAGGAAAGGGGGGGGAUUGCGCGCCCCCUGCACCCACCAGCUGGAUCCGCCCCUUCUCCAAGUGGUCAUACAUGUAUAUUYAAAGAGUACAAUGAGAAUAAAGAUUGGAAUUUGGCAAUAAUGUAAAUAUAUUGAGAAACCAAAGGAUUGAAAUUUCUUAGAUAUUUCCAAAUAAUGUAAUUUUUAUGAAGCACACUUCUGCAAAUAAAUUGAUAAAUCUAGAUAGUCUAAUAUUCGUUUUAAUGAUAUGUUUGAAAAARCAUGCACAGACUAAAGUAAUGCUAUCUAAAAACGCAAUGCUUUGRAGGCGUUUUCCAUUUGUUACUAGUCAGACCAAAAUAGAAUUCAAGUGAUUGUGAAUCGGAUUUUCUCAGUCAGAAUARCCAUAUCCACUAGACUAAAGGAAAACAUGGAAAUCACUUCGUCUUAUAUGUUUUUAAAUAUUCCAGAUAUACAGAUGUUUCAUGAAAUUGCGUUUCAAUCGAAUAAGCGUGACAUAUAUGACGUGGWCUCUACAAUUCAUUAUU